AUGUACAUUCUACCUUGGCUUCUCUCCUUGGUGGCCGUGUCUAAUGCUGCUCCAACGAGUUUCUUCGAUGAUGCCUAUGACUUUUCUGAAGAGCUCUUGGGAUACUAUGGCAAAGUCAGUCAGAAAAUCAACCAAAUAAGGCACACCUCCGAGUCUUCUGUGACAUGCGAUACAUCCAAAAUCUCGCUUCCAUCUUAUGCAUCCGGCCUCCCAAGCCCGACUGGUCUGACGCCCAUGUAUGUGGCUCUUGGACGAGGCACUCAGAACUAUACCUGUGCAGAUUCAACCUCGAGCUCUACCCCUACAGCCAUUGGUGCGGUCGCAAACCUUUACAACGCCACCUGUCUUGCUGCCAACUACCCAGAGGUUUUGGCAAUGCUCCCCAAUGUUGUAUACACCAUCGCGCUCCCCACUAAUGAAUAUGCAACAUUCCCGCCCGCCAACCUUGACUUAAUGGGCCAUCACUUUUUCUACGAUUCUACCACGCCUGAAUUCAACCUCGAUACCACCGAAGCAAAGCAAUAUGGCAUUGCGAUGACAAAUAAGGUUGAUUCCCUCGCAGCACCUUCGAGUGCCACCACAGGCAAAUAUGGUGCUGUCGCCUGGCUCUACCUGAAGACUGUAUCUGGCACCGUCGGCAAUUACAAGGCCGUCUACCGAGUCGAUACUGCUUCAGGAUCCCCACCAACCACCUGCAAGGGGAUGGCAUCGUCGUUUGAAAUCCAAUAUGCCGCCACUUAUUACUUCUUUGGCUAG